CAAAGCCGCUGGCAGCUGCCGGGCUCGGUGCAGCAGCAGCAGCGAGCGGCGCGGCGCGGCGGACCCGGAUCAUGCCGGGGGCUUGAGGGCUCGCCGGAGCCGGGGCGCGGAUCCCGCCGGGCCGGGGGCAGCUGGGACCCGAGCGAGCGAGCGAUGCCGCGGCGCUGAGGAGCCCAGCCCGGGCGCUCCGGCGGCUGCAGCAUGGAGGACGGGCUGGUGUCCGAGGAGGAGAUCUGAAGGUCUGACUGCUCUGCACUUGGCUGCGGAGGGAGGCCACUACAACUGCGUGAAACUCCUCUUGGAAGCUGGUUGUGACGUUAAUGCCCAAACCCAGAAAGCGAUGACCUGCCUUCAUUAUGCAGCUCUCCAUGGCUAUGAAGACAUGGCCAGGGUCCUUAUUGAUGCAGGAAUCUACAUAGAUGCAGUUAAUCAUCAAAACGCAUCAGCUGUGCACAUUGCAGUGCUGCAGAACUUCCCAGCCAUCGUUAAACUCCUCAUCGACACGGAGUGCAACCUGGACAUCCCGGAUAACAGGCAGCAGACACCACUCCAUAUCGCUGCAGAACACGGGAGACAAGACAUAGCUGAGAUGAUUCUCAUAGCAGGAGUUAACUUGAAGUUAAUUGAUAAGCAAGGAAAAACAUCCCUGGAUGUAGCUGCCCGGGGUAACCAUAUCAACUUGGCGGACAUGAUUAUCAAAGCAGAUCGGUUUUACAAAUGGGAGAAGGACAAUCUCAGCAGUGACUCCGACUCCUGGGUGGCAAAACACUUAACCUUUAAACAAGAUCACAGGCUGGAAACGCAGCACAUUCGCUCAGUGAUGUGGAGAUUAGCUACUAAAUACCUCAAACCCAACGAAUGGAAGAAGCUUGCACACUACUGGAAAUUCACUGAUGCACAUAUCAGAGCCAUUGAGCAGCAGUGGGCAGGUACUAAAAGCUACAGGGAGCAUGGCCACAGAAUGUUGCUUAUUUGGCUUCAUGGUGUGAUCAUGGCAGGAGAAAAUCCAAUCAAAGGACUAUACGAAGGCCUGGUGGGGAUUUGUAGAAGAGACUUAGCAGAAAGCAUUAGGAAAAAGGCAAAUGAAGAAUCCACUUCUGCAAGGAAGUGUACAGCAAUGUAACAACGAAGGGGAAAUGACUGUACAAUGCUGCCUCUGCUGACUUUUUCCUAGAACUACAGCGAUUGAACCUGAAGCAUUGAACUAUUCACCAAAAAGUGGCCAUAAAACUUAAGGGCUUCUUGUCAUGACAAGUGGCACUUCUGCUGCUUCCACUUGAGAUCAGGUAAACUACUAGACAUCAGCACAUGCUAAUAAUUGUAAAACAUCUUUAUCCAAGUGUGGGGUUUAUUUGCUGUUUCAUAGAUGCUGGUGAGUAUAAUACAAGCUAAGUGAAAAGUCUCAUUUGUGAAACUGUGACUACGUUUCAAUCAGGACUCUGAUAUUUUCUUACUGUAAUUUGUUUACAUCUCGUUUUUUGUAUGUAUAAUUUUUUUUUAAUUGUCUUAUAAGUUACAGAGGGGAGAACCUUUCUAUUUAACAUGUAGUCAGAUGUGUUCUUUACCCAAACAUCUUCGGUUUUUGUCCAUGGCACCUGUGGUUUAUUGUGGGAGGAAUGCUCAAUUGUUUAGCUGCUGGUGUCGUUACAUUUGGGGGGGGGGGGGGG